UAUAUUCACGGACUAUAGAGCUUUAAUAAUUUAUUUACCUAUUUUAUGGAUCUAAAGUGCAGUGGCCCAAAUUGUGCCAACACCCCUACUUCCUACAUUCCUGCUCUGAGUACCUUCCUAUGUCCGAAGUGUGCUUUGGAGAUAUCUUGCAGACACGUGUGUAAGCCUUUGCCUGAUGUUAAGUCAGCUGAGCACUCUCUCAGAUUCGCAAAGUAUUUAAUCAACAAGAUAAAUGAGGCUUGCGGUGCUUUCAACGUUACUUCGCUAUUCUCUGAUGCCAAAACUCAGCUUGUAAAAUUUAAUCAGGAAUACAAUAAGCUAUUCUCUCAGAACACAACUGUAGUUGCCAAUGCGUUGAAAUCUGAAGGAAACGAACUUUUUUUAGCCCAGCAUACAGAAGAGUGUCAGGAACUUGUGAAAACAAUCACUGCUUCUGAAGUCAAUCAAAUUUGCAGAGACCUCAAGGAGUCGAGGGAGUUCAACUCCACUGCUGAAGAGGAGAAGGAGAUGGAAUCACUCAAGGAAAAGGUCUCCCAAGGAAUCAGCUCUAAAUCAGCUGGGAAUAUCUCUAAGAUGAAAAAGGAAGAUAUGGCAAAUAUGCUAAGAGCGCAGCAUAGAAUCAUGGGAGAGCAAGCUUCAAAGAUAGCUGAGUUGACCCAAUCAGUGAGGCAAGCCAAAAAGGAGACCUUAGAAACUAAGCAAGAAGUCUUAGAAGCUCAUAGCAUGAUCCAAGCUCUUGCUGCCACAGGCAAAAAGCUCAAAUCAAAGCUAAAGACUGGAGAUGAUAAAAAUGUGGCCAAUUUGAAGGAUAUUCAAAAGAGUCAAAAUAAAGUUACAAAUCUCAGACAAAAACUCGAAGAAUCUGCUCAUUCUGAUCAAAUGCUUGAGGAGGACAAGCUUGAAGAGGCACCUGUUUGAACUAAGACCCAGCAAGAAAGAAUUGAUGACUUCAAAAAGGUCCAUUAUGAGGUUCUUGGAAAAGAAAUAGACAUUAAUGAUUCUUCUGUACUCACUAUCCACGUUAGCAGUCAAGGAGAGCUAAUCAAAAAGACUAGAAAGCUGCCAAAUAUUGAGCACUUACAACUUCUGAAUGUUUGGAACAACCAAAGCUCGAGUGAUCUCAACAAAUACCUGAGAAGCAGUAUCCCAGAUAAGCUGAACCAAUUUGAGUUCAACUUCAACAAUAACGGGGCUGGAAACAUUCAUUACAAGACUUAUCAUAAAAGCUUGCUGAGGGCGAUCAGAAAAGUACGCCAAAAUUUAAACUUUGGUCAAUGUAAGAUUAUGAAAAAUGAAUUUGAAGAAAUCAUGAUUGCUGCCAAGCACUGCAAAUCCAUAAGAUUCUUCAGAUGCUCUAUCAUCACUAACUCUGAGUGUGACUUUGGAGACAAACUUGCAGAUGCUACAUUUUCUGAGAUAAACUUUGAAUUAACUGGAUGCGAUGCAACCUCUAAUUGGAAAGGGAAUCCUGAUUUCUUUAGUAAUAUUUUCACAGGAAUUGCUAAAUGUUCACCUGCUGCUAAAACAAACCUGCUGUUUGUCAAUAUUAAUGCUUGUCAAUACGAUGUAAAUGAAGCAAGAAGGAUCCUUAGAGAGCUUGGAUUCAAAAAUGCGCUUGUCACUCUUUAA